AUGAGCUACCAGAGCUUCCAGACGCUCCAGCCCGCUUUUAAAGCCCUGGGUCAUAUCGGUGGGGGUCAAUUUCCCUGCGGGCAAAUACACUCCGGGUGUACCCUUGUCAUGGUGCCUCUCACUGGCGGCUACAUCAAGUCGGUCGAAGGCUUCGAUUUCCAGCUAGAUAUGGAGGUAAAGGGUGGCGAGGACUGGUUCGAGGUAGACAACGACAUGAAGACGGGCCGGCUUAAGAUCGACGUCAUGGCCUCGGACGCCGAAGGCCGCUGUCUGCGCUUCAUCGUCGACGGUCUCACCCCCAUCCCUGAAAACAUUAAUGCCUUGCUGGCUGGCGACCCGAACGGCAAAACCAAUGAAUGGGGGUUCGGCGCUGACGCCAUCCGUAUCCAAACAGGCCACCCCGAGUAUAAGGCGCUCGAGGGCAUGGUGUUUGCGGGCAGCCAGCGAUUCAGGAAGCUCGAAUCCGGUAUGAUCGCUGCCGAGGUUCACAUCUCGCGCGUAAUUCCCGGAACUGGGGACCAGUCCUAA